AUGACGAAUAGUCGGAUAUCUGUUUGUGGCGCCUUCGUCGGUUGUCGGCCGUCUGCAGGUCGAUUCCUCCACGUUCACAAACGAGCAGUUUCCGAGCGACUUUCGCUAUCAGUUCCAUACAGAAGACCGUGUACUCCAUUCAUUCAUUCAUUCAUUCAUUCAUUCAUUCAAAACCCGAUCAUUCAAUUCAUUCAUUCAUUCAUUCAAAACCCGAUCAUUCAAUUCAUUCAUUCACUCACUCACUCACUCAUUUGUGUAGAAGUAUGGAGACAUCCAUGCCAGCAUUAUCGAUCUCCAAAACAACGUUCUCCAGCAAGUCGCGCAGCGGAUCGCUUCUCUCCGCUCCGUCCUCUUCGAUAUCUCCAGUGUCAUCGCAGAGAUCGACGUGCUCCUCGGCUGGAGCGAAGUCUGCAGCGAGUGCGGCUAUGUUCGGCCUUCCAUCCAACACGAUUUCACCAUCGAUAUCAUCGUUCUCACCCUCUCUCUCUUUAUUCACCAACAGAACGGCCGCCAUCCUCUCCAAGAACUCGUCACCGAUCACUUCAUUCCCAACGGGUUCCACAUCGAGCCGAACUCCCCUUCCAUCGAGAUUCUGACCGGUCCGAACAGCAGCGGGAAGUCGGUGUACCUCAAGCAGAUCGCUCUGCUCGUCUAUCUGACCCAGAUCGGCUGCUUUGUUCCAGCGGAGCGCGCCUCUCUGAGUCUAUUCCGCUCCAUCCACACCAAAUUCAACACGAUCGAAAGCGUCGCCGAUUUCGACUCGUCGUUCACGCAGGACCUCACGCGCAUUAG